AUUUCAGACCACCUCUAGGAACACAGUAGGCAGCGAGAAUCAGAAAAUGUAUAAUUUACAUGUUUAAUUUAAUUACAAAUAGUUCGACGUGCCAGAUCUCGAUUCUCGUUAUUCCGCAACAGUUCGCCGUUCGGGAAAAUUGGUGAAAAACAGCGCAAGCGGGGAAGACAAUCAAAUCCUUGGUUUUCCAUUCACCACGGAUAGAAAAUCCCAGCGAGCUGAGAAAAAAGUGGCUGAAAAUGGCGAGGAAAAUGGGAGGAAACCGGGGCGCAACGCUGGCGUUGCUCUUUGCCUGCGGUUUACUGCUUAUAAGUGCGGCUAAAGCCGCCGAUUUGGGUUCGGAAUCAGAUGACUUCGAGGACGGUUAUGUGGAAGAUGUGCAGGAGGAACCCAUUGCCACUGAGGAAGACGACAAGUUGGCCUACGAAAGCCCAGUAAUCGAUGCCAAGAAGUUCCACUUUGCAGACCACUUCGACGACGUGGAGGAGUCGAGGAAGAAGUGGGUUCUGUCGCAGGCCAAGAAGGACGACAUUGCCGAGGAGAUCUCCAAGUACGACGGCAUCUGGAACUGGGAAUCUCCCCAGCGCAUCGUUUGGGCGAAUGACCUGGGUCUGGUGCUCAAGUCGAAGGCCAAGCAUGCGGCCAUAUCCGCACCACUGCGAAAGCCCUUCGAGUUCAAGCCGGACAAACCGCUGGUGGUGCAGUACGAGGUCACGUUGCAGGAGGGCCAGGAGUGCGGUGGUUCGUAUUUGAAGCUUCUGUCUGCCGGAAAAGAUACGGAACAACUCAAAGCCUUCAAUGACAAGACACCCUAUACCAUCAUGUUUGGACCGGACAAGUGCGGCAACGAUGUGAAAAUGCACUUCAUAUUCCGGCACGUCAAUCCAAUUAAUGGCACCAUCACCGAGAAGCACUGCAACAAGCCAAAGAAUCGUUUGGAAGAGCCAUUCAAGGACAAGCUACCCCAUCUCUACCAGCUGGUGGUGCGACCUGAUAACAGCUUCGAGAUUCGCGUGGAUCACAAGAUCAUAAACGAGGGCUCCCUGCUGACCGACUUCAAGCCGCCAGUUAACCCGCCGGCGGAGAUUGAUGACCCCAAUGACCACAAGCCAGAAUCCUGGGACGAGCGCGAGAAGAUCCCAGAUCCCACAGCCCAAAAACCCGAGGAUUGGGACGAGGAUGCCCCACCUCAACUGCCCGACACCAACGCCGUGAUGCCUGAUGGCUGGCUGGAGGAUGAGCCCGAUAUGAUCUUCGAUCCGACGGCCAGCAAACCCGAGGAUUGGGAUGCCGAAAUCGACGGCGAGUGGGAGGCUCCCUUGGUGGACAACCCUGUUUGCGAGAAGGCACCCGGCUGCGGCAAAUGGAAGGCUCCACUCAUCCCCAACCCCAACUACAAGGGCAAGUGGCGUGCACCGAUGAUCGAGAACCCCAACUACCAGGGCAAGUGGGCUCCCAGGAAGAUCGUCAAUCCGGACUUCUUUGAGGAUCUGAAACCUUUCCAAAUGACCCCAAUCAGCGCUGUGGGUCUGGAGCUGUGGUCCAUGUCCAGUGACAUUCUCUUCGACAAUCUUAUCAUCACCGACGAUGUGGACGUGGCUCGUGACUUUGCCGCCAACAGCUUCGACAUCAAGCGUCGCUACAUCGACCGCGAAUCGGACUCAUUCGUGAAUAAGGUAGUCGAGCUAGCCAAGGCCUAUCCCUCGAUCUGGGGCAUUGGCCUGGUGGUCUUUGUGGCGCUGGUUGCCCUCACCAUCUACUGUAGAUUUGGUACCGCUAAGAGUCAGGACUCUGCUGCCAAGAAGGCGGCUGCCGAAGCCAAGAAGACAGACGAACCACAGCCCGACGAUGAGCCCGAGGCUGAGGAGGAGGAGAGCGAUCGGGCCGCUGGAGGAGACUCCAGCAAGGAGAGCACGCCGCUGUCCGCUAGUCCCAAAAAGAGCCAAAAGUCUGAUUUAGAUGAUAACGAAGAUGAGGCCAAGGCGGCGGAAAACGACGAUGAGCCCGCACAGACUGAGGAAACUACCACAAAAGCACGCAAGCGUCAGGCGCGCAAGGAGUAAAGCGGGCAUCCUCACAUGCCGAAGCCACAAGAAAUACUAAAAAUCUUAAAAACAAACUUAAUCCAAUUCCAAAAGCCAGCGGCUGCACCCAACAAGUCAAGCAAACAUACAUUUCAAUUAUAUUGAACUUUCGCCAAGGCAUCUGACAUCAUCUCCCUCAAACGAAACACCAAUACAUACACACGCAGAGAAACACACCAACACAUAUGGAGAAAUAAACACACACUGUCACACUGUAAACAUACAGAUUCUAGUGAAGUCUCUAAUUUAAUUUACUAGUUUACACGGUUUGGUUUAGUCCACUUUAUAAAUACGUACUUUGCUGUAUUAUCGUUGCAUUUCUGUUCAGUGCUCGACCCUCUGUCGCCACUAUAUCUUCUAUGUUCCCUGAACCAGCCGAUCCCCCUGCUUUAUAGAGUUUAGUUGAAGUGCUUAAUCCCCGACAAAGAGACCUUUUGAUUUGUGUAAAAAUAAAACACCAACUAGACCAAUGAGGGAAACAAAACGAAAAAGGAAAAUACCAGCAAGCAAACAAAACGGGGAACUAAAGCAGAGAAAUAUAAUGGCAAGCGUCUAGUUUAAUAUUAUGUAAUUUAAACGAAAUUGAAUAGUACGAUAGUUAUACUCAAGUUUCCAUUUUCAUUUGUAUCGAUGAAAAUUUACAGCGAAAAAUAAAACUAAAUGUCAAAACCAAA